UGUUGGGGGACAGCGCAGCCAUUUCUCUGCCCCUCAUGCUAAAACAUACAAGGGGGCGACGCUAUCACCAGCACGCGCAAGACAAUCCAGACCUCUGGGAGUCAUGGCUCUCGCUGCAAACGCCGAGGCUGAACUCUACAUCGCCGUUUGAUCACCAAACUUUCUCCCUCAAUCCAACGCCUGCGCAGACAAAACACCCCCUCUCUGCCCUCGGUUCAGCCUAUGUUUGUCUGCUUGUUGUGAGCGAUGGAGGGAAACCUGCAGGGAGGCAGCAGCGACGUCGCUGCAAUGCAUGUGAAGACCGAGGCUGUCGAUGAGAACACAUCUGCGCUGGGUUUGGGCAGCCAGGAGUCGCCUGCGCCCUGCGGAGGUACCGCAUGCAGAGGAGGAGGAGGAGGAGGAGGAGGAGUGGAUCAGACUGCAGAGGAGCUGGCUGACACGGAGCUGCAUGCAGCCACGACAACUACCCCCGUGCUGCUGUAUCCCGUGAGCACAGACCGCUUCUUCACCACAGCAGGAGAUGGGAAAACGUACCUGAAGAUAGCUCCAGCCUCAGUGAUGCCUCCUGCUCCGUCAGAGAAGACGCUCCCCUCCGGCUCUGAUUUCUCCUCCAAAGCCGUUUUGUGCCUGAUCGAGGCCGUUGGCCGCCGCUGGGGCCUGUAUGAAACCCGGGAACGCUCUCAGCUCUUUCAGAGUGUCCAGGAGGAGAUGGCGUCUAAGGGGCACGUGCUCCCUGUGGAAAAGAUCCGCCGCAAGUGGAACAACCUGAUCGUCACGUACAAGAGAGUCAAGGACCGCAGCCGUGAGACGGGGCACGCUAAGACUUCCUGGGAGUUCUUUGAUUUGAUGGACGCCACACUCUCUGACACAGUUGGAACUCAGAUCAUCAACAACAAAAGACUCAAAGGUGGGAACACUGUCCCCACGCUGCCUUCUCCUUUGGCAAAGAUAGCUGCAAAGCCAAAGGCUCCACCGCCCACCUCCACAGUCCGCCCUAACGGGGACUUUGCUUCAAGCGACAGUGUGGAUCAGGGAGUCAUCAGCAGUCAGAUGAUCAGUAGCACUGCUGCUGUUUCUUCAGCUACCACAGCGACUAUUAGCCCAAUACAAGCUCCAGAGCUUAAGCCCCUGAUCGUCCUCAACAGUGACAUCGUUACUACAAGUAUUCACCCAGCAUCCAUUGUGCCAUCUCCAUCUUUUAUCUCCGCGCCUUGUUUUACAGAAACGGCUUCUACUUCCCCUUCUCUUGGCUCCAGUAGCAACACGGACCUCCACACAUCGCACUACGCAGGCCGUAAAGCUCCAUCAUUCCCAUCAGGUGUCAUCCCCUUUCGCCUUAGCAAUGCACCAGUUGGCAGCAAUCAGAGUCUCCUAAGCUUCUCCUCCUCUUUCCCCCCUAGUGUUUCCUCCUCUCUCCCCACCUCCUUAUCUGCAGCAGCACUGUCGGGAUCAGAAAGUCAGAACCAGAAAGGAAACCAGGAGCAGUCAGGAACUGUGGCAUUCCAGGAGAUCCUGAAGAGACAGGAGGAGCACGCCUAUCUGGAUCGAGUGGGUCGGCGCAGGGUGGAGGCCAGAGAGAAGAGGCGUGAGAGGAGGGAGGUGAGGAUGGCAGAGUCUCUCGGUAGGAUAGCCACAGCCCUGGAGCUGCUCUCCUCCAAACAGGACACGGUCAUUGCACUCCUUCAAAGACUGGCUGAUCGCAAGUGAUCGGCUGUGAGAGUCAGGAGAUUGUGACAUCUCUAAACUACUGUCCCGUUGUAAAACAGCCUGGAAAAAAGGCUUCCUCUAAACUCACUGUAAAUAAUCACUGAUUAAUCAUAUGAGCUGGCUUUUUUUUAAAGAUAUGAAGUGGGAUGUUUAUGUCACAUUUUAGUGCAUUGAACUUUGCGACACUAAGUUCCAAUAAAACUUUAUCCAUGUA